AUGUUUGCACAGAUUACCGCGUUGCUGCCUCAGAUAAAGGCCGCCGCCCAGGAGAUUGAAAGUGAGCGGCAGUUGCCCACAGCACUUGUCGCCCGGCUGAAAAAAGCCGGCGCUUUCCGGCUGCUCAUACCCAAGGAAUUUGGUGGGCUGGAAGCCAGCUUCGAAGACUACCUGCCGCUGAUUCAGUCUUUGGCAAAAGCCGAUGCCAGCACCGCCUGGUGCGUGAAUCAGGCUGCGGUGAUUGGUACCACUUCACUGUGGCUGCCGGCAGAACAGAUUAAGGCGAUCUGGGCAGACCCGGAGACAUCUGUCGCCAACGGUCCACCGUUUGCCGGUAAGAUCAAACCCAGCAAACUAGGUUACACCCUGAAUGGUCACUGGGGUUUUUCCAGCGGCUGCCAGCAUGCCACCUGGAUGAUGGGUGCGGCACGUUACAGCGAAGGUGGCUGGCGUAUUGCCUACUUCAAACCCGAGCAGGUGCAUUUUAUUGAUAACUGGCAGACCGCGGGUUUGUGCGGUACCGGCAGUUUUGAAUUCACCUGCAACAAUAUCGAGCUGCCUGCCUGCCAGGUCGCUGAUGCGGGGCAACCUGCCACGUACGACAAUGAGAUGACGCGGAUUCCCAGUGCAUUGCUGUUUGGCUGCAGUUUUGCCGCGGUGGCGACGGGUGUUGCCCAGGGCGCGUUGGAUGAUGUGUUAGAGAUAGCCCAGGGCAAGCUGCCGCGCUAUGCCUCUCUGCAGUUACGGGAUGACCCGGACGUACAGAGAUUUAUCGGCAAAGCCCAGGCCCGCUGGCGCAGUGCGCAGGCGUAUCUGACCAUGACGGUCGCAGAUGCGUUUGCAGAGGUCCGGCGGGAAGGGCACAUCACCCACGCCAAUCGUGCGGCGCUGCGUAUGUGCAGUACCCAUGUGAUACGCGAGUGUGCUGAGGUGCUGGACCUGGCCUACAAAGUGGCCGGUUCAACCGGCACGGGAAUCGUACUUUGCCUUGUUAGGCCGGUAUGCUAUUUCCGGCAACUACGAAACGGGACCCAUGACAUGAACGUUCGAGCAGACCUCGACCAGACUGAAUUUGUCAGCAGCGCAGACUUUACCUGGCAGCCGUCACCCCUGGCCGGGGUGGAGCGCGUGCUGCUCGAUCGUGUAGGGGAUGAAGUGGCUGUUGCCACCAGCCUCGUGCGUUAUGCCCCAGGGGCCAGUUUUGAUCCGCACAAACACGCCCUGGGUGAAGAAUUUGUGGUGCUGGAAGGGGUGUUUUCAGAUGAACAUGCCGAUUACCCUGCAGGCAGCUACAUCCGCAACCCACCGGGUACGGGUCACACGCCGCACAGUGAUCCUGGCUGCGUUAUUUUCGUGAAGCUGCGGCAGUUUGACGAUGCUGAUCUGACUCCCGUGGUCACACAGCUGCCCAUGCAGACUAGUGCUCCCGCCAGUGCGCAACACGAACUGUAUCGAUACAAAGAUGAAGCCGUGAGCUAUGUGGAAGUGCCUGCAGGCCAACGGUUUGCUUUUGCGGCCUCGUAUUAUGUGCGCGAGCUGCUGAUCAUCAGCGGUGAGCUCGACUGGCAGCAGGAAGAGACCCGUCGCCUUGGACCCUGGAGCUGGAUCCGCAUGGCGCCGGGGCAACCGCUGCGUAUCAAUGCAACCGCAUUAAUCACCGGCGCAUCCGCCGGCCUGGGCGCUGAGUUUGCCCGUCAGCUGGCGCAGCAGGGCUACAACCUGGUGCUGGUGGCCCGGCGGCUGGAGAAAUUGAAUGAGCUGGCUGAGGGCUUGCAGGGUGAACACCCCAAUUUAACCGUGAACUGUAUAGCCGCAGACCUCAACGAUAAACAAGCGCCACAACAGAUUUUUGAGCAGACCCAAUCGCUGGGCAUCGAGAUCGAUUUUCUGAUCAACAAUGCAGGCGCCGCGGGCCCGGACCUGUUCACAGACAAACCCUGGCAACCCCAUGCGGAUUUUCUGCAGCUGAUGAUGUUGAGUGUUACCGAGUUAUGCUAUCUGUUUGUCCCCGGCAUGGCGGAGCGCGGCUUUGGCCGCGUGAUCAACGUGUCUUCUGUCGCUGCGCGAAUUGCCCGCGCCGGUGACUGUCAUUAUGGCCCGAGCAAAACUUAUCUUGUCGCGUUAUCCGAAGGUUUGGGUCUGGCCUUAAAGGCCAAAGGUGUACAUGUGUCUGCCUUGUGCCCGGGCUUCACGCACACUGAUUUCCACGACGUAGCGGGUAUGUCCGAGAUGAAAGCCGCCAUGCCUGAGUUUCUCUGGUACAGCGCAGAAACCGUGGUGGUGGCCGCCCAGGCGGACAUCGAAGCCAUCGUAGGCGCGCUGGAUGCCCGCCAACAGGUUGAAUUAACCGCGACACUGCUGCAGCUUUGUGACAAACGUGUGGUGGGCAGCAGUGCACUGAACAGUGAAGAGCGGCGCGCGUUUACCACGCAUGGCUUAAACCCGGAGAGACCCAACUCUGAUGGCAACCAAAGCCGCCAGGGCGUGCCGGUGAUUAUUGAUGCUGAAGUGCCUGAGUACAGAGAUCGCAAAACCCCGUAA